UCGACCAAUAGGAUCGCUGUUUAUGUUGAGGUCGUGAAUAAGCAGCGUUGUGAUUAGCUCCUUCUGUAAAACGUUUGAAAGAUGGUUUGAUAGCUUGCUAACUGAGUUAGCCUCCAGUUAUUUUUUGUGAACUUUUUAUUUUAUUUUUAGGAAUGCCUUCUAAAUUGUGAGAUGUGCGACAAAAACUAGCCAGAGGCUUGCUUUGAACCGCAAUACCGGAGAGGUUCAGGUUGAAUGGUUGAGUUCCCAGACCCACAUUGACUGGCGCUAGUUAGCUUGCCAAAGUUCGCUAGCUAGCUAAAAAGUUUCUACUUGGCUAUCCAAGCUACACGUUUUAUAGUAAUUUUAGUGUAAAAAAAAAAAAAGUAGUCGGACCCCUGGCCCGGUAACAUGGCGUACCCACCCCGCAAGCGCCUCAAGGUGGUGAGUCCUGCGGCUCCAUGUAACGACCCCUUCGGAGGUGACGAUGACUUCACCCAGGAUGAUCUGGAAGAGAUUGAUAUUAUAGCAUCUCAGGCCGUCAACGGGGAUCUAGCAGGACCAGGGCCAAGCUCCAAAGGGACGGGGACGGGGCCCAUUGGUCCUCGACCAGGGGAGUCGACGAAGCCGUAUUCGGGGAGCAGACAGCAACCCUCUGGUCUGGCUACGAGUAACUCCAUGAGAGACAGAGAGAUCCCCGAGUUACCAUGUAAAGACACUUUCGGGAACAGACAUCAGUCUAAGACUGACGGGGAGCAUUUAAAGGAACUGGAAGCCCAACAAGCAGACCUCCAGAAAAAGCUAAAGGAGGUAGAGGAGGAGAUCCUGAUGAAGAACGGAGAGAUCAGAGUGCUGCGUGACUCCCUCAGGGUCGCCCAGCAGGAGAAAGAGACGCAAAGACAGGCUCAGCUCCUCCUGGAGAGGGAGAAGAGAGACACUCGGAGCGAGAAGGAGAAGGAGCUCUCCAAGAAGGUGCAGUCCCUGCUGUCUGAGCUGCACUUCAAAGAGGCUGAGAUGAACGAGAUGAAGACUAAACUACAGAACGCAGAGAAAGGAAGGAAAGCAGUGGCUUCACCUGUCGCCAGAAACAGCCCCGGUCUGUCUGGUCCCACUGCCCUGCUGCAGGGUGCCGGUGGUGCCAGCAGCAGCCCUCACUGUGUAGCCAUUCCUGGAGGAACGGCCUUCAUCACCAAGGAGACGUUUGGUGCCCAGCUGCCCUCUAGGUCAACGCCAGACAAGGCCCCGGGACCAGGACACCUCAGAGACGAUGGAAAACAACCGUCCAGCGGCAGACAGGAAGUGACUCACUCAGACCCGUUUAACACAUUUCAACCCUCUCAUCAUCAAGGCUCAGUGCUGUUAAGUCUCCUGUUACAGCAUCCUUUAGACCCCAGCAGUCUGGGUCUGGGUCACCUGCUCUGCAUCAGCCCUGACGCACUACCUGGUCUCCUGACCAACACCUGUCUCAGCUCAGGGUCUUCAGUUGGCUCCAGUUCCUCCUCCACAGAACCCAGGCAUGUUCCCCACCACAACAAGCCCCACAGUCAGCAGCCACGCUUCAAACACUACCAGAAUCUGGCCCUGUCUGGCCUCAACAUGAUGGCCCUACCCAGCCACCACACUGCCUUGCCUCCUGAGGACCCGCCCAACCUGAACCCUUCCCACUCUGCCCUUGCCCUGAAAAACAAUACCAGGUCCUGUCCUGGUGCUGUCCACCUCCUCCCUCUCCUCGACUACCACAUCGGCCUGUUCUGCCAGAGUCUGGAGGCUAUCGCCCUGGACGGCUCAGGGACAGGGUCUGGUAAGAGGACCCUGAGAGGGAGCUCUCUGUCCGGGUCGUCGGACGGCAGCCUGGCCUCCAGCGUGGAGGAUUCCCUAGGCAGUCAGGAGGAGUUUGCCCUGGCAGCCCUGAAGGCCCUGCAUCAUACUGUGGCCCAGAGCUCUGAGGUCGUGAACACCCUGCUGGCCCUAACGCCUGGAGCAGAGGGGAGCCCUCCACAGGGUAACACGAGACACGGGCCCAUUCUGGAGUCAGGCCUGGCCCCCCUGCUGCCUGACACCUCCAUCCAGCCUGGGACUUCUAGAACCUCUGAGACCCCAGUAGAUGGCACCAGAGAGGGUCCGGCCCUCCACCCUCUCCUCAGGAAGCUCCUUCAGCUGUCAGACCCCUCCUUCUCCACCAACGCUUUUCAGAGGGAGGCCCUGGUGCCCAGCAGUCUGACGACUCUCAACAUGCUGCUGGAGAGAGCACAGGAGCGGCAGCUUUCCAGGUUCCAGUGUGUUGUGUCCAGUCCGGCUCUGUCUCGCUGCCUGUCUCUAGACUCGUCCUACCAGACCCUGUCUCUGUCUGUCUCCCUACUAGCUGGCCUGGCCCACAGCGAUGAGCUAGCUUUUAGAAUCUGCUGUCAUACAGACUGGUGUCCGUUACUGAAGGUUUUCCAGUACAUCACCUCAAGACCUGACAAGACCGUCACAGACUCUCACUGGUCACAGCUGGAGGUGGAGGUGGUGCGUUUCCUGACCAGUCUGUUCAAUAGGAAGGCUUCCACGUGGAGUGUGUUUGUUGAGUCGUCCUGUCAGUGCCACAGUGAGGUAGUGAAGACCACAGUGGUGCUACUCCACAGGCAGUGGCUGGACCUCCGGGGCCGAGUGGAGGGGAGCUCUGGGGGCGAGGCAACGAUCCAAAGCCCGGCGUGGUGCUCCUCUCCUGGGGUUGAUCUGCUAAGGGAGGCUCUGAUGCUGCUCCACUGGCUCUUCCUCAACAACAGUAGCUUCUCAGAGCACUGCCUUCCUGUCCUCCACAUGUAUGACCAGAUGAUUCCUGCCAUUAGAGACACCUUCAGGAGGAUCCCCCACCUCUCAGAGAGUGAAGAAUUGGCUUUGGAUGAGAUUUGUCGUCCUGAGUCUGAGGAUACUGAAGAUAUGGACAUAGACACUGGCUCCUGACCUGUUGUUCUGCACCGGAGUAGUGUUCAGUUGCCCCUAGAUGCUGAUCUUGGGUCAGUUUUUGCAAUCCCCCCCCCUCCACUAAUGGUUAAGGUUAGGAGGGGGAAGAUAACUGAACUGACCCCAGCCCUGCUAUGUACAGCGUCCCAACAUAAUGUGCUACAGUAGUGCCCAGAAAAGGGCCCCAAUCGGGACACAGGUAAUAUCUUGUUGGUUUUUCUGACAAAUGCCUGACAUUGGAAUGUGAAAAUAUUCUGUGAUUACUGUACUGAGCUCUUUGUGCGUUUUUAUUUGAAUCCAUUAAAUAACGACAAUUGUAA